AUGUCGUUCUUAAGAGGUUCAGAGAACUACGUGUGGUGCACGACAAGUGUUCUUGGGAAAGGCGCAACGGGCGCCGUAUUUCAGGGCGUUAAUAAAAACAAUGGGGAGCCAGUCGCUGUAAAAACAUUUAACCAGCUGAGCCACAUGAGGCCGCCGCUCGUGCAGAUGCGCGAAUUUGAAGUUCUCAAGAAAGUAAAACACGAGAAUAUCGUAAAACUAUUGGCUAUAGAAGAGGAGCAGGAGGAUCGAGGCAAGGUGAUCGUGAUGGAGUUAUGUACAGGCGGCAGCUUAUUCAAUAUCCUUGAUGAUCCUGAAAACACAUAUGGUCUUCAGGAGCAAGAGUUUCUCCUCGUUCUCGAACAUUUGACUGCUGGAAUGAAGCACCUGAGGGAUAAUAAUUUGGUGCACCGGGAUCUCAAACCAGGAAACAUAAUGAAGUUUAUCAAUGAAGACGGGACAACAACUUAUAAGUUGACUGACUUUGGAGCAGCCAGGGAACUUCAAGAAGAAGAGCAAUUUGUAUCUUUGUAUGGUACGGAAGAGUACCUACAUCCUGACAUGUAUGAAAGAGCUGUUCUUAGGAAACCUGUAGGCAAAAGUUUUGGUGCCACAGUGGACUUGUGGUCCAUUGGAGUGACACUGUAUCAUGUAGCAACAGGUCAAUUGCCAUUUAGACCAUAUGGUGGUCGGCGCAAUAAGGAGACAAUGUUCUAUAUUACUACUAAGAAAGCAUCUGGUGUUAUAUCGGGCACACAAACAACAGACAAUGGUCCUAUAGAAUGGUCCAGGGACUUGCCCCCUCACUGCCAAUUGAGUGUGGGGCUUCGCAAAUUAGUGACUCCAUUGUUGGCCGGUCUGCUAGAGGUGGAUCCCCAUAGAAUAUGGAGUUUUGAGAGGUUUUUCUCUGAAGUCCAAAUGGUCACUUCAACUAAACCCAUUCAUUUAUUUUAUGUUAAUAAAGCUUCAAGUAUAAAGGUUUUUCUGAAGCCGGAGGAGAAAUUUGAACAUUUACAGACUUACAUUUGUGAGCAGACAGCAGUUGUUGCCGAGUCUCAGAUCUUGCUUUACCAGGAUAAAUUGAUUCUCAACGAAAUCAAUGAGAAUACACCAGGAAAGAAUUAUCCCGAGACCUCAACGGAGAAUCCAUUAAUGCUCUUCAAUAAAAGUGACAACAGCGUAAAUAUGCCCACCGAACCUGAGCCUCCCAAGUUUCCCACCUUCCCCACUAUCAUAUCUGUGGAGAACGAUGCCACACAGGCGAAGACGGCGUGCAGCGUGGGUCACGUGAUCAAGCGGCGCGUCGAAGAAGUGUGUUCGGCGUCGGUGCUAUGUGCCCUUUGCGUGACGCGGUGGGGCGCGUUGCUGACCGCCCGCUUGCGCGACACGGCCGCCCGCGCCACGGCGCUCGCCGCGCACGCCGCGCGGCUGCACGACGCCGCCAGGGCGAUCGACCUCGCCGCACUUGCUGCGCGCCACUCCGUUCGUCACACGGCCGAGUGGAAUGCGGUGGUCAGCGAGCAGUGGUCGGGGAGUGCGGCGCUCGUCUCGGCGGAGGCGGAGGGGCUCCGGACUUCGGCGACGGGCCUGCGCGCGCGCCACGCGCCCGCCUCGCUGCGCGCCGAGUGGGACGAUGCGCUACUGCACUCGCCCUGUCCCGCGCACCUGAGACUGCACCUCAAGGCUAAGACGCUAGUUUUUAGAUUGCGCGAGUCUUGGCAGCACCUGGUCCGGGACCGCGCCACGCGUUCUCUCACCUACAACGACGAACAGUUCCACGUGCUAGAGCGCAUCACCGUAGCGGAGACGGGUCGUCGCGUCCGCGCCCUGCUGCAACGCGCGGCCCCCUUGGCUCGGGCGCGCGCUCUCGCGAUCGCCGACUGGUACAGAGUGGCUCAAACGGUGUAUCUGCAGACGCAGAUCCUCGACAAAGACGUGUCGAGCGCCGAAAUGAAGUUGCUGGCGCUCGCCGCACGCCUUCAAGACGCGGAGCAGCGCAUCCGCGGCCUCGUCGACCAGAUGAACGUCACUAAGAUGGAGUCGACGAGUGCUAGAGAGAGCGGGCAACGAGGCUCGUCGAACUGCAAGGUCGUUCGCGGCGUCCAUCUCGCGUCCGGCGGCGUCGGGGCGAGCGGAGCCGGCGUGAGAGCGUUGCUCGCCGGCGGUGACGAGCUGGCCGCCGGGCUCGCCAACAACUCGGCGCUGCUCGAUAAGCUGCUGCGGCUGACGACCGAAUUGCAGCCUUCGAACCAAGAUCUCAGCUCUCUAGACUCUGCCAUCCGGACCGUCGUCUACGGGUCGGUGACCUCUAACACGGAACGUGGCGACGACCUGGAAGACGAUUGCGCCCACGACAAAGCGAAGAACCGCUUCAAGACCACGUGCGUCGUCGCGUAG